UUGCUUUUCGAAGCUCACGCGCGAACGGUUCGAGUACGUGCGUGUGCUCCGAUCGAGAAACGCACGUGAAGAUCACAGUCGAUUAUCCUUCGUGGUCGAUACGGUGUGCUCUCAAGAUACCUCCCAGUCAUCGUGAUCGCUGACACUCACUUCAAAGCGACGACGCUGGCCGCGAUCCUCGUUUCCGCGGCGACGGAGAUGGGCAAACUUUUAUUCUGAAUAAUAAAUAACGAAUAACUAACCAAAACAAACUUUAAGAGAUUGAAUAGUUCAAUCUUUGUUUGCUUACUGUGGAUUAAUUCGUUCUGUAAUUCAGACUGUAAUUUUUAUUCUGUUACGAGAUCGUACAGUUUGCAUCCAGAUAAGAGCUUUGCCCAUUUUUGGUGGAUCGUCGGAUCCGUCGACGGACUCGCCCGUUGGCGAUUUCGAAGCAUGCUCGCGUCUCUUUGAGGUCAAGGAGAAUAACGGAGAGAAAGGCGGGAGUGCAAGUUAAACUGUGCGAGGAAAGCCGAAGCGGAAGGAUCUGCGCGGGGUCACGGAGAAAGAUGUGGCAGUUAACAUUUUGGACGUAUUUUCUGCUGAUCGCGUUAUCGCUAGCGCCGGUCCAAAGGGUCGUAGGAUGCUCUUGCAUGCUGAGCCAUCCCCAAAAGCUGUUCUGCGUUUCAGAUUAUGUCGCCGUGGUGAGAGUGAGGAUGGCGAUGCCCGUGAACGAGCACGAGAUCGCCUACAACGUGAAAGUCAAUAAAGUCUUCAAGGAGCGGAACAACCUGAAUCCAGUCGACUUCCCCAAGAAAGAGUUUUUAUGGACGGCGUCGACGGACGGCAUGUGCGGCGUUCACCUCAAAGUUGGCGACACUUACGUCGUGGCUGGGGUAAUAAUCGGAGGACAAGUGCGUAUAUCAAUUUGUGGCUUGGCGAUGCGGUGGUCUGAGGUGACCAGCAGACAGAGGAAAGGCUUCAGAGGCCUCUAUCAUCGCGGCUGUGUGUGCGAGAUCGAUUACACACCUUGGUGGAAAAAGGGGGCCGUUCUGGAAAGCGCAGGAAGGAAGCGAUGUUUAUGGGAGAGCGCGCCAGGUCCUCAAGAUUGCCAAGAAAAAUACGGAGUGUGCGUGGCAGGGCCAGGUGGAUGCUCUUGGACUCCAUCUGUACCUUACAAGAAUUGCAUCAAGGAACACCAGCGGAAACGCGAGCAACAAAGGUUGCGAGAACCUUAAGAUCUUCCCUCCGCGUGCAGUUGCUGAUCCUUCUGUUAGAAGUUGCUCGUGGCACCCUUCGACACAACUGUACACGUUAAUUUCGUAAGAUUCCUAACGGCGAUCGCCGUUGAUUGUGCGAAGGAGCGUCUGAAACGCAGCACACCGUAUCGCGCGAGUCGAAAAAUUAAUGCUCUUUGUUUGGACGCGCUUAUUUAUUUGCAACGAAACACGUAAAGCGUAAUACAUCGCCAAUAUUCUCCGAAAGAACUUGCCGUCGAGUAAAUUGGAUGCACGUUUAUUUAUUCGGAGAGAAUGGCAUUAAUUUAUUGACCAACGGUCACGUUUCUAUCAUCGUGUCGCGUUCUAUUUAUUGCGUCGUUUAUUGCGUUCUACCAAGCGGUGUCAAUUCGGAAGGUUGCGUCGACGAGUGCAAUAGACGUUGGCGAAUAAACACGAGGUAGCGAACCGAAUGGUUAGAAUGCUGACGUUUAAAGUUUCGUACAAUUUGCUGACGAAUACUUGAAGCUGCUUGCAUUUCCUCGACGUAUUAUUCCAUUGCGAAGCGCAUAGCAUCGAGCUGAAUCUUUCUCGCUUAAUUAGACGCCGUUAUGAUUUAUUUCCUCGAUACGGACCUCACUGCUUUUAAUAUUCGAACGAUCAAAGGCGUAAAGUGCAUUUACUCGAUACUCGAGUCGGUUACGUUCGAGAAGAAUUAUUCAUAAAAAGGUCUUCAUCCCCUGAAUACCUUCAGGGGAGUUUUCAAUCUUCCAUCUCAGCCGAUGCUGUUAACCUCGUUUCGUUUAGUUCAAUAAUUCUUGCAGGUUCGAUAGUAACGUAAAUGGAUGUACGUAAAAGCUGAAAUAGUAAGAGCAACGAGCAUUUUCAACAUCGAUUGGCCCACCCCCCCUUAGCUGUACAUAUAGGCUACUAAUGUAUAUUACGCAUUCUUAAAUUAUUCUCAUUUAUUGUUUCGUUGUACGUAGCUUUGUCUUAUUCGCGUAAGAAGCUGCUGACGUGUAUUUAAUUUCGGAUGCAGCCUUGCACGAAUCUCUGAAUACUGAAAAGAUACAGUAUCGAAUAUGACGCUCCAGGGCUGAUAGCGUUACAAUAAUGACGCAGAGUAGAUAUCGUUGUAAAAUUUGUUUUUUCCCCCCCUUUUUUUUGUGUUAUUUCAUUAUUCAGAGAGUGCAGCUGCUGAGCGUCGUAUUACGAAUGUCGUAACCGAUUAAGUUCUCUGUAUCCAAUACGAAACCCUGGACGUGGGUAGAAAUUUAGUACAAACCACUAAACGCGCGAUAUGACGGGAGUUAGUCGGCAUUUCCUAGCACGAAAACGCACGUUAACUCGUAACGACGUACUUUUAGCUUAGUUCUUCCAUUUGAUAACUUUUGUAAGUAUUAUAUACUACUUAAAUGAUGAGUAAUAAACGAGAAAUAUAUAUUUGUUCGUUCUCUAGACGA